UUUGAGAGGGGAGGGAGAGGAGGGGGGACUCGGCUGGAGUUGCUUGAGUCAUUUUAAGAGAAAAGAAUUGAAUGAAACCAAUACUGCGGCAAGGGAAUCAGCGCGGUUGUGGAAGCACCGAAGAGCCAACUCCUUGUCAAGCCAGAAGUUCCCACACGUCAAGUCGUUUGACGGACACACUUCCCGUGAAUUCUGCUGCUGUUAACAAACGGUUUUGCGGGUUAGGAAGGCUGACUCUUAUAUUGUUCUCCUGAAAUGGAAGGUGAGCGCACACCUCUUCUUCGCAAGCCCAGCCCCAUUGGAUCAUCCCCUAAUUUAGCAACGCAGUCGUCUGGUCUGCAAUGGGAUCCUGUCAGAGGAACAAAGGCUGCAACAUGUGUGCUCCUAGCACUCACAUUGGAAAGAUUAGCAUAUUAUGCACUGCUUGCAAAUCUGCUGGUGUUUCUGAGUUUAGGUGGCAAUACACCUAAGGAAGCAAUGACAGCUGUGCUUGUGGUUGGAGCUAUCGCUCACUUUUCAGCAUUAGGUGGAGGAUGGCUCGCAGACGGUGCUUUAGGUCGUUACUGGACACUGAUAUUGGGACUUGGUCUGUAUGUGAUUGGGUUUGCAAUGCUGACAGCUGUUGCUGGUGGUAUUCUGUGGUCCAACACCCAUGCCUCCUUGCCACAGUUGUAUAUCAUAUUCACAUGUAUUGGUGUUGCUGCUGGCACAGUUCGUGCUAAUUUCCCUUCAUUUGGAGCAGAGCAGGUUCGACAUGGUGGUGGAGAAUCUGUGCGCAAAUUUUUUAAUUGGUACUAUUGGUGCGUGAAUUCUGGAUCCCUCUUAGGAGUUGGAUUUUUAUCAUUAGUUGCCCAAGAACCAGCAACAGUUGCAGGAGGAUUUUUGGCUGCCUGGGGGGGAGCAGGUGCUGGAGUCACACUAGCAUUAGUUUUACUUGCUGUUGGAAAGCCUUAUUAUGUAAUUUAUAGACCUGGUAGUUCACCCCUCCUUUCAACUCUAAGAAUUCUUCAUCAAGGAAUCAGUGGCUGCUGGAAUCUGCGAAAAUCAAACCUUCAACGACAUGGAGGGGGAAUUAGCAGGUCGCCAGCAUUAUCCAGUAGAUCAAACCCUAAUCCAGUGAAUUCUCCUUCAUGGCUUGAUUAUGCUAAAAUGCGGUAUGGAGGCUCUCACCAUGACUCAACUGUUGAAGAUGUUAAAAAGCUUGGGUCCGUUCUUUUGCUACUGCUGCUUCUUCUACCCUAUUGGCUGGUAUUUUUUCAGAUUGAAACAGGCUUCCAAGAACAAGGAGUGCAUCUCAAAAUUGGACUGGCACCUGAUAACACCUUUAAUAUUCCCACUUCUUGGCUGAGUUUAUUUGAUCAACUUUUUAUCCUAGGCUUGAUUCCUUUACUUAAUGGAUUUGUAUAUCCAGCUCUUGACCGAAGAGGGGUCAGAGUUACUCUAUUUGGGAGAAUAGCUGUAGGUAUGGCACUGAGCUUGUGUGCAGCUGUGUCAGCAGGUCUUUUGGAAACUAUUUCAAUGCAACAUUGGCAUGAUGGCCACCAUGUUGAGCAAAUCAUCCACAACAGGAAAUACAAUUCAAGUGACGUUUCUGUUUUGUGGCAAGUUCCACAGUACUGCUUAGUUGGUAUGGCAGAGGUAUUUGCAGGAGUUGCAGGGCUGGAGUAUGUCUAUUCGACGGCCCCUAAACCGUUACAGGCUGUGGCGAUGGGGCUUCUUUCUGCUGUUGAAGGUAUUGGAUCUUUGCUUGGAACAGCUCUCAUUGGUGCUCUAAGCCCAGCAUGGAUUCCACAAGACCGAGACCAUUUCCAGGGCCAUUUGGAUUACUACUUCUUCCUCUUAGCUGGGAUACAAGGAGUAACUCUGGUAGGAUUUACUAUUUCAUUAAUCAUAAAGCGAGGCUCUAACUCAAGGACUGCAGCACUACCAGAUUCCUCACGAAUAUCAAACCUAUCACAGACUCCUAAUUCGAGAAGCAGUGGGACUACUGUAUCAAGCAGUACAAACACGGUUUUAUCUUCAUGAAUAGAACCUACAACAUUCUACACAAACUUUCUACAUGUAUUCCAAUCAACAGAUACUCAUUUAAAGAUCUAUAUAUUUUAAUUAAUGAUUAAUAGAAUCUCAAGGGCACAAAAUGUUUGCUGUGUACUGCAUUGUGCAUGUCAUCAAAUUUUCCAAUGAACGAUAGCAUUUUUUUAUUGCUGUAAAGGACUGAA